GAAAGGUUAAGAUACGUGCUGGUCUCGCUGUUGGUGCUGCACGGUACAGACUCCUUCUACGUGCCUGGCGUGGCUCCCAUCAACUUCCACCACAAUGACCCCGUGGAAAUAAAGGCUGUGAAGCUCACCAGCUCACGAACCCAGCUGCCGUACGAGUACUACUCGCUGCCCUUCUGCCAGCCCACCAAAAUCACGUACAAGGCGGAGAAUCUGGGUGAGGUUCUUCGGGGGGACAGAAUUGUAAAUACACCUUUCCAGGUUUCCAUGAACGUGGAGAAGAAAUGUGAAGUUCUGUGCAACUUUCCCAACAAGCCGGUCACUCUGACGGUGGAGCAGAGCAAGCUGAUCGCCGAGCGCAUCAGGGAGGAUUACUACGUCCACCUCAUUGCUGAUAACCUCCCUGUGGCAACACGGCUGGAGUUCUAUUCCAAUCGUGAGGAAGAGGAGAAGAAGAAGGAGAAGGAUGUGCAGUUCGAGCAUGGAUACAGGCUUGGGUUCAUGGACGGGAACAAGUUCUACCUGCACAACCACCUCUCCUUCAUCCUUUACUACCACAGAGAGGAUGUGGAAGAGAACCAGGACCCCACCUACAGGGUUGUACGCUUCGAAGUGAUUCCCCAAAGUAUUAAACUAGAAGACCUGAAGGCUGAUGAGAAGAGUAUGUGCACGCUGCCUGAAGCAACAGGCUCUGCCCCUCAGGAGAUAGAUCCUUCGAAAGAGAACCAGCUGCUCUUCACCUAUUCUGUGCACUGGGAGGAAAGUGACAUUAAAUGGGCUUCCCGCUGGGACACCUACCUGACCAUGAGUGACGUGCAGAUUCACUGGUUUUCAAUCAUUAACUCCGUUGUGGUCGUCUUCUUCCUUUCAGGUAUUCUCAGCAUGAUCAUCAUCCGGACCCUCCGGAAAGACAUCGCCAACUACAACAAGGAAGAUGACAUUGAAGAUACGAUGGAGGAAUCUGGUUGGAAACUUGUGCAUGGAGAUGUCUUCAGGCCUCCGCAAUAUCCGAUGAUCCUCAGCUCUCUCCUGGGUUCUGGAAUUCAGCUCUUCUGUAUGAUCCUGAUCGUCAUCUUUGUUGCCAUGCUGGGGAUGCUGUCGCCUUCCAGCCGGGGCGCGCUGAUGACCACCGCCUGCUUCCUCUUCAUGUUCAUGGGGGUUUUUGGAGGAUUCUUUGCUGGCCGCUUAUACCGGACUCUGAAAGGCCAUCGAUGGAAGAAGGGAGCCUUUUGUACAGCUACCCUGUACCCGGGCGUCGUCUUCGGGAUCUGCUUUGUCCUGAACUGUUUCAUCUGGGGGAAGCACUCCUCCGGAGCGGUGCCUUUCCCGACCAUGGUGGCCUUGCUCUGCAUGUGGUUCGGGAUCUCCCUGCCCUUGGUCUACCUGGGUUACUACUUCGGAUUUCGGAAGCAGCCGUAUGACAAUCCUGUGCGGACAAACCAGAUUCCCAGGCAGAUCCCAGAGCAGAGGUGGUACAUGAAUAAAUUUGUCGGGAUUCUCAUGGCUGGUAUUCUGCCUUUUGGAGCCAUGUUCAUUGAGCUGUUCUUCAUUUUCAGUGCGAUCUGGGAGAACCAGUUCUAUUACCUGUUCGGCUUUCUCUUCCUGGUGUUCAUAAUCCUGGUGGUCUCCUGCUCCCAAAUCAGCAUCGUCAUGGUGUACUUCCAGCUGUGUGCUGAGGAUUACCGCUGGUGGUGGAGGACCUUCCUGGUGUCUGGAGGAUCCGCCUUCUACGUGCUGAUCUACGCCAUCUUCUACUUUGUGAACAAGCUGGAUAUUGUGGAGUUCAUUCCCUCCCUACUCUACUUUGGCUACACCGCCCUCAUGGUCUUGUCCUUCUGGCUCCUCACUGGCACCAUCGGCUUCUAUGCAGCCUACAUGUUUGUCCGGAAGAUCUACGCCGCGGUGAAAAUAGACUGAAGACGCACAGAGCCAGCAGAAAGCAGACACCUCUGACUGCGUGUCCUCCUGGGAGCCGAGGGGACAUCUGCUCCCAACUCUUUUAAGGAAACAAAAUCCAGUGGGAGAGUGACAAGAGAAAUAAAUAACUCCUCAUUUUGGAAUGUGACUUUGGCACAGUGUACAUGGAUUCUGGGCUACUUCUGGGGGGAAGAGGGGUCUGUACAUACCUUGCAUUUUAACUUUAUUAUCCUGUUCCAUAUUUGAGGGAGUUUUUUAGCAGAGAAAUAUCCCUCUGUAUAAGUAAACCCCCUUUUUGCUAAUUCAUCCUUUUUUUUUUUUUUAUGUUGAUGCCGAAUGGAUUUGAGACAGCAGUGGAAACACUUGUGAAAACGUUUUCUUCCAG